AUGGCUGGGCGAGGAGUGAAUGGCAAUGGCUGGGAGAGGCUGGGAUGGGAGUGGCUAGGAAUGGUUGGGGGAAAACCACUCCUCUCCCAGUCAUUCCCAGCCAAUCCAUUCCCAACCAAUCCUCCCCCAGCGAUUCCCAGACACAGCCCUCACAGCCAUUACCAGCCAUUCCUCUCUCAACCAUUACCAGUUACUCCUCUCCCAGCCAAUUCCAGACACUCCCCUAACAGCCAUUCCCAGCCACUCCUCUCCCAGUCUCUCCCAGCUACUUCUCCCUCAGCCAUUCCCAGCAACUCCUUCCCUAGUCAUUCCCAGCCACUCCUUUCCCAGCCACUUCUCUCCCAGCCACUAAUCUCCCAUCAAUUUUCAACCACACCCCUCCCAGCCUCUCCCAGCCAUACAAAGCCAUUCACAGCCACUUCUCUCCCAGCCUCUUCUCCCCCACCCAUUCCCAGGACCUCCCAGCCAUUCCCAGCCUCUCCUAGCCACUCCCAGCUUCUCUCACAGCUAUUCCCAGCCAUUCCCCUCUCAGCCAUUCCCAGCCAUUCCAGAUUCAGCUAUUCCCAGUCACUCCUCUCCCAGACAUUCCCAGCCACACCUCUUUCAGCUAUUCCCAGCUACUUCUCCCCCAGCCAUUCUCAGCCAGUCCCUUCCCAGCCUCUCCUCCCCCAGCCAUCCCCAGCCGCUCCAUUCCCAGCCACUCCUCCCACAGCCAUUCCCAGCCUCUCCCAGUCGCUCCUCUCCCAGCCAUUCCUUGUUACUCCUCUUCCAGCCAAUGCCAGCCAUUCCUCUCACAGCCAUUCCCAGCCACUCCUCUCCCAGCCAUUGCUAACCACUCCUCUCCCAGACACUUCUACUCCAGCCAUUCCCAGCCACUCCCCUCCCUGCCCCUCCCAGCCAUUCUUCCCCCAACCAUUCCCAACCUCUCUUAGCCACUCCUCUCCCAACCAUUCCCAGCCACUCCUUUCCCAGCCAUUCAUAGCCAAUCCCAGCCACUACUUUCCCAGCCAUUCCCAGUUACUUAUCUCCCCGGCAGUCCUCUCCUAUGCAGUCAUUCCCAGCAACACAUCUCCCAGCCUCUUCGAGCCAAUCCCAGCCAUUCCCAGCCACUCCUCUCCCAGCCAUUCCUCUCCCAGCUAUUGCCAGCCAUCCCUCUACUAG